UGUGAAAUUUCCGACAGCACGAGAAGGCAACGGGGAAGGCGCGCUCCCCGGACUUGCUCCGUAGAUCUGUCAGGACACUAACGUUACUCAGUUAGCGGGACACACGCAACGCACCCGGACGCUGUCGACCGAGAACCGACCCGUUCGGUCGAUCCGUUAUCGUCUUCUUGAAAACAACUUGUAUCUGUAUCUGACUAAUACAACCCGCCGUCAUAACUUGUUAUAGUCUAAACGCGGUUCGGGGUUCACUUCUGAUCAGCACUCUGCCAUGAUGCACGGGUUAGCUAGCUAACUUUAUCCGGAGAGCUAGCGUUCAUCAUCCACUGUUUGGGAGGGAAAAGUAGCGGAGUCCGUGUUCCUUCUUUCAGCCGUGUGUGUGUGUGUGUGUGUGUGGGGGGCGAAUAAACCGGAGUAACGUUAAACAUGGAGAAAAGUAACCGUCUUGUUGAACUGUUCCACUAUCUACAAGACCCCCAACAUGUCGCCGGGUUUCAGCGCAUUUGCGGGGUACGCGGGACGUUUUCGAGAACAGUCUGCGCUGGUAGUAACUUCACCGCCGCCGCCAGCAGCAGCAGCAAGGAAGCGGACCGGGCUCACUCGCACAACAACGGGGCUUGUCACCAUCACAUCGCCGGGGUAAAUGAGGGUGAAAACUUGGCCGUCAUCGGAGCCGGGGAAGGGGAGAAAGCACACACGACAGCGGGUGUUAGGAAGAGGAUUACCGAUUCUAACGUUGCGAAAAACCACGGGGAGGAAAGUGAAAAUGCUCUCCGGAACGGGGCAGUGGGGUCCGCAGCGACCGCCGGGGGAGAAACGGUCGGCGUGGGCAGGAACGGUCGCAGCCUCGCCGGGGCCACCGCCGCGGGUCAGGGCGGCCACGGCGGGGCCAGGCCGGACGUUUCAGGGGCAACCGAGCCAGAGAAGAGCGAAACGGAGAAGGGCAGUGAAGUGGCGGGACCCCCUGUCAGCAGCAGGGUGAAACCCCAACGCAAAAACUCUCUAACCGGCGACACCGGGCAGGCGUUCCUGAUCGAGAACCGCUUCUUCUAUUACCUGUUCACUUUCGGAACCGAGCUGGGCAACGAGUUCUUCUACAUCACUUUCUUCCCCUUCGUCAUCUGGAACGUGGACGCCUUCGUCGGCAGGAGGCUGAUCAUGGUGUGGGUCUGGGUCAUGUAUCUGGGACAGUGCACCAAGGAUGUGAUCGGGUGGCCCCGGCCCGCUUCACCACCUGUGGUCAAAGUGGAGAUGUUUUACAACUCGGAGUACGGCAUGCCGUCCACACACGCCAUGUCGGGCGCGGCCAUCCCCUUCUCCCUGUUCUUCAUGACCUACGGCCGGUGGGAGUACCCGUUCACACUGGGCCUCAGCUUGGCUCUCUGCUGGUGUCUGCUGGUCUGUGUUAGCCGAAUCUACAUGGGAAUGCACUCUAUCCUGGACGUCACGGUCGGCGUCCUGUACAGCUUCCUGAUUCUGCUCUUCUUCCUGCCGGCGUUGGACCUGAUCGACGGGUUCAACCUGACCUGCCGCUACGCCCCGCUCAUCAUCAUCUCCCUCCACCUGGGCCUGGGCCUCUUCUCCUUCACCCUGGACACCUGGAGCACCUCGCGGGGCGACACCGCUCAGAUCCUGGGCGUGGGUGCCGGCGUGGCCCUGGCCUCCCACGUCAACUACUACCUGGGUCUGAUGCCCGACCAGACACCGGACCAGCUCCCCUUCACCGUGCCCGCCUUCAGCGUCGGCCUGGUGGCCGUGGCCAUGCUGCGACUCUUCCUGGGGGUGCUGGUGCUGGUGGCCACGCGGGCGCUGAUGAAGGCCUUGACCAUCCCGCUGGUGUGCCGGGUGUUCGGGGUGCCCAGCACGGAUGUGAGGAAGGCCAGGCAGCACAUGGAGGUGGAGCUGCCCUACCGCUACAUCGUUUACAGCGCCGUGGGCUUCAACGUGCUCUUCCUGGUCCCGUUCCUCUUAAGCUACAUGCAGUUCUCCUGACUGGAUGUCAGUUCACUGCCUGGUCAACAGUGAAGUGACCCUCCAAAUGUUCACCUAAUGUUCUGUUAUCAGAUCAGAUUUCCCAUCCAGAACCGUUUUCCUUUUUCUGGGAUGGGACUGAGGUGGAUUAAAGCCUAAACACUGAUCUGUCUGUUGACAUGUUAUCAGUUUUUCAGUUUCCCCCGUUGUUGCCUCAAGUUGGGUUCAGGAAGGAGGAACCAGGAACAGCCGACUGCUUCUAACAGCUUUCCCGACUGCGUCCUGAAGGCCUGUUCAGUGACUGUUCAGUUCUAACUGUGGCGAGUGAUAUUUCUGUUCUGUUCUGCUUUUGGAUUUAUUUAAAAUCAAAUGGCUCUUCCUGAUCCCGGGACACGCCGCGACAGCUCGACAGUGUCAGAACCAAACAUCCACUCCUCCUCUACCAGCUUAAUCCAUAUUAGAGAGCAAAAAGCUUUUUAACAGUGGCCUCUGAAAGACUAAAAAUGCCACUGAUCGCUACUGAGAAAUUACUUCACAUUUUUAUUAAUGCUAUUAUUAUUAUUAAGAGUUCAGACAAAGAACCACCCAAGUAAGUUUUUGAAAGACAGUCAGUCUUUUACCAGCUGAAAAGUAUUUAGUAACUCGUUUAAAACCUCGUGGAUGAGUACUUGACACAGUGUAGGGCCGCGCCUAACGAUUCUUUUCAUCAUCCAGUAAUCUGUCGAUUCUUUUUUUUUAUUCAUCGUUACGUCUAUAAAAUGUCAGAAAAUGCUGAAAAAUGUUCAUUUACAAUGAUAUGAAACAGAAGAAAACAGCAAAACCUCACAUUUAGAGAAUCUGCAACCGCAGCAAAUAUUUUUUUUGUUUUUGAGUGACAGUUAAUCGAUCAUCUAAAUAGUUGCAUUUUUUAUUGAUCCACUACUUGGUUAAUCAACAGAUUGUUUCAGCUCAAGUUUAAACUUUGUGUGGUUCUUUGUCAGGGAGCUUCUUAAUAUUAAUAUUUGAUCUGUCUCACCUCUCAAAGCAAUAAGAUCCUUAUGAUUUUAUACGUCCUUAUUCUUGUAUCAGAGUUUAUUCUAGUGGAGAAAGGUUUCUCUGGUUUAACGUUCUUGAACUUUGUUACCGGUCUGACUGAAAUAGACCGAUACGAGUCAGAAAGCAGAAUCAGGUCGUUUUCGAGGUGUUUGAUCGCACGUGUACAGUGUUUUCCUAAAGGGCUCUUCCCACUCUGUCUGCUCUGUUUACUGUUUCUGUCUUUAUUCAGACAAAUUAGCGUCUGUUCUCUGCUCUGAGAUUGAUUGCUUUUCCUGUAAAGAAGCAGUGACCGGGCACACACUUUUUUAAAUUUUUUUUUUUUUUUUUUUUUUUAUCUAUAAUGUUGUCAGGAUGACAGGAAUCUGUCCACCUGGCUCAGCUUUGUUUUUUUAACACUGUAAACUGACUUCCUGCUGUCGAUGGCACACAUCCACUUCCUGUGCAGAGGAGCGUUUCAUCAUCUGCUCGUGUCGGGAGGGAGGAGGCGGCGGAGAUAGCGCUGCUCUCAUUAGGGAAGACGCGUGGAGCGCUGACGGAGGAGAGACAGAGGGAGGUCAGGCCGGUGAAGGGAGGACGACAAUACAGUUCAGGCAAAAAAUAUAUAUUUCAAACAAUAUAGAUUUGUAGCGUUCUCACGGCAGGUAAACCAGAUGGAGUCGUAGGGCCUCAGAUUUUAGAAUGAAGUGAAAAUAUCUCGAAAAAAAGUUUUAAUUUUAUGAGAAAAUGGUAAUAUAUAAUACAUUGUAGUAAACAGGUGAAAGCAGUCUUUCAGCUUUUACGUGUCAUAUAUCAUAUUCUCAUAAAAUUACUUUUUUCUCUAAAUAUCACUCUGUAAAGUCUUAAAACAUUCUGACUUUUUACCUUUCUCUCAGAAUAUUUCAACUUUAUUCUUGAAACAGUGCUAAAAAAAAGUUUUUUUAUUGUUAAGCACUUGUUAUACAAGUCAUAAAAAAGCAGAACAGUCAAAUAUUGUAGCUUCUCACAUCAGCUGCAGCGUCGCCACGGUAACCGGACAGUAUCAAUAGAAAUUGAGCAAAAGAUUGAAUUCAUCAAUAAGUUUAAUAAAACUUGAUCGCAACGGGAAGUUGUUCUGCUGAAAGUUCAAAAAAGUUGAAACAUUUUUCUGUUUUGCCGCGGUAUCUUUGCAUUUUUAUAGACUUUAAUAAACUUUGUGUUAAAGUCAAAAUUCAGUUUUCUUGACAAUCCAACACCAGCUCAGUCGGUGGUUUCCGUCUCCGAAAUAAACUGCCUGCGGAAAGACAAAAGGAUCAGAUCUGAACAGAGCCGACGGGCCAGAUGUAUAAAUGAUGCAUACGCACACAAAAAAACAUGCACACGCCUAAUCCCACAUUUAAACUGCGUGCACCUCACAUAUACGGCCAGUACAUGUUUCCAGAGCGAGAUGAGGGUGAUAUGAUGAAGUCUAGAUGGAAAAAUAAGAUGAGAGACAGUCACAUGUUUAAACGUUGUUUGUUUAGGAUGUUCGCUAAUUUCACUGAUUGUGUGUUUUCUCUGCUGUCUACACAAAGAGCUGUAAAAUACCAAUACCAUUUAAACUGCAGGCAUCAUUUCAUUUCCCUGCUGAUGGUGAUUGAGAUAUCAGUGGUACAGGCACAUGUGAUGAAUUAAUGAUGUGUGCGUUAUAAAUAGUCACAGCCGCGGGUAACAGUAGCAUGAAAUGCCUCACAGAUGCAACACAACACUUCUUUGCCGUUCUUCUUCAUGUAAACAUGUGAUUAAAGGUGUGUUUACAUCCGUCUAUGGGUAACUAGGAGCUUUAUACGUCUGAUAAAAGAAUGCAUUUUCACAUUUCCGCCAUAUUUAGUCGUGAACUUACUCAGAGUUUUAUGCAUCUGGCGCCAGAGGUUUUAAAUACUGUUCUGACCUUAAUUUUUGGUGUUAUAGAAUUCUUCAGUAUUUAACUGAGUGCAUUUUAUUUACAUAAUACUUCCUAUUCUAUUACAGAAAUAGACUUAAUGUAAUUUGUAAAAGAUUAACAAGAAGAAAAACAGUUUUUACAGUUCUCAAAAUCUCAUUAUACUGCUUAACCUCAACAAACAUCUUUCAGGUUGUCCCAUAAAAAUGAUUCAUAAAUGAAUAAAUAAAUAUAAGCAGGAGUUUGUCUGAUAACAGCAGUUAGAAAGACAGACUCCUCCGCGUCCACGUGGACUUUGACUCUAGCUUUCGUCCUCCCACGCUACAGCUGAGUCAGUAAUGAAUAAACCCUUCGGACCACUAAACAGCCCCUGAUGCCUGUGAGACUGGACCGAUCUGAACUUUACUGAAGAUGAGGCAGUUUUUAUUCCCCCUGUGCCUGCUUUACAUUUUAUUAAGAAGUGACCAAGGUCUUCUCCAGUUUCCCUCAAGUAGAUCACAUGGACAUUACAACUCUGCUGCCGCUGGAAGAAAAAAAAAUCAACAUUUCUGCAAAUUAUAGGCUUUUCUGGAAUGAAGAAAUGUUCUAUAUGUGGAUACUCGUGUUCUCGAAACCAAACAGGACGUCCCGUCGGGGUUCUAGCACCGUGUGACCGUUGUCAAUGUUAGUUAUGUGUUUUACAGCAGCAGCUGCAGCAGCAGCACGGUGGUUUGUGUUCUUAUCAGACGUGCUCAGUGAUCAGUUAGUAACCCUCGACAUCAGUCAGGAAAUAGUGCUUACAUGUUACUGUAGUGAAGUAGCUGCUCUGUUUUCUAGUUUAAAAGAGACACAAGUGGAAGAAAUCUGACUAUGAAAGUUUAUUCUUAAAAAUCUCAACACAGCGUCCACUUCGCAGCUUUCUCCAGAACCUUUUCUCAGGUCAGCGUGCAAGACUGAUGAAGACCAUGAGAUGUGGCUGAAAGUGUAGCCGGACUGAUGCAGGAUGUUUGAGGCCAAUACUGAUAUUUUAGAGUUAUUCAAUUAUUACAAACGUUCUUAACAUAAACAGUUUUGACAAUGAUCCCCCUAAAUUUGGUAAUUAAAGAAUUAUGAUUACAAGAGAAGCAUUUGUCAGCACUCUCUGCUGGACGUAAUGUGGCCCCGUUUCUAAAGUUUUUAAUACACAUUACAUGAUUUUGCUCAGCAGAUAAAAAAUCUGCUCAGUGUUUCUGAAAUUGUAGAUGAUUAAAUUUCCAUUUUUCUGAGCACUUUAAAAACCUCUCGUCCGCAUCCUUGAGCUCAGAAACAGCAGUUGACAAGGAAGUCUCACCACAAGGUCCCUUUAGUAGCUGAUUGAAAGCUUCAGAAGAGCUGCUGAACGUAAAAUAUCUGAAACAUAUCUUUGGAAUUUGUGUGCUUCAAUUCCUUGAUGCUUGUCGGACAACAUAUACGCCGAUACGGUAUAUCUGCCAUGAGCUAAUAUCGGCUGGAAACCCUGGGAAAAGCUAGUAGGUGGACUUUGUGUUGAGCUUUCUUUCUUUCUUUUUUGUCUAAAUUUAGAUAAUUUCUGGCACCGAACACCACCCAGAACCUCUCCCAUUGGAUCAGGUUGUCGUUACAUUAACUGGUGGAUGAAGAGAUUGGGUUUAGCCGGUUCGACAGGUGUAGCUACAGAUCACUGAGCGUCUCUGAGAGCGGACCUUCACCGCAGCAUUCAGAAGCGCGAGUGCUGUUCUUCGGCCUCGUACAUUUCACCGUUUGCCGUUUGUGCUGAAUCGCUCUCCUCGAGGCAAUAAUGACCGAAGCCUGAUGUUUCAUUCACACAUUCCUCCUCGUGUUUAUCCGCCGCAGCAGUUGUGGGUGAAGUGCCUUGCUCGAGGGCACUUUUAGAGGACGUUUUUGUUUUAACCAGCGGGCAGCAGCGUUCAGGUGCUGCUGCCCUCUGCUGGUGACCUUUCACCUCUGAACUGAAGACCAGCAAAGUCCAGAGAAAAACAGUCCAACUUGGCUCAGCGAGGGCAGCAGGAAGCCGAGCCGACCUCUUUGUUGUUGUUGUUGUGUUUGUGUACGGUACUGUCCUAAUACGAAUGCACUGUUCCCAGAAUGCACUGUUCUCCCCCCCCCCGAGCCGGGCAGAAAGGAUGAAGUUGGUCCUAGAUGUUAAUCUGAGUUCGUAUCUUCCUGAAGAGUUUUUUUAAAGAUUGUGGGAAACUGAACUGAAAUUAAAGCAGUUCAGGACAAUGUGAGUUUUAAAUCAGAAUUAUAACAGUUUGUCUGCAGUCCUUUGAUUUGUGCUCUUUAAUUUGUCGAAUAUUUAUUUUUGGCAGGUAGAGUUGCAUCUUUUUUUUACUUUUUUCCUUGAAAAAGUUGACUUAGGAAUUAAAAGUAUUCCAGCAACUGUGAUACUAUUUAAGAUGCAUAUUUAGUUUUCCGUAUUUAAAUUACAGCUGCAGCUAACAGUUAUUUUCAUUUUUGAUUAACCUGUCGAUUAAUUUCUCGAUUCAUGGAUUUGUUUGGGAGGAAAAAACAAGAAAUUCCCGUCACAGUUUCCCAGAGCCCAAGUCGACGUCCUCUAAACGUCCAAAACACAGAUUCUGUUUCAGUUUCAGUUGAUUGACUAAUUGAUUAUUAUUGUUUCAACAAUUUAUAUUGCUAAGACAAAAUGAUUGGAAGUUAAUUUGCACAAUUGGAUACGAACUUCGAACAAGCAGAUCGUCACUUUCGGACCGAGCUACAAAUCCAGAACUCGUCACAUUUAAACAGCAGUUACAAACCUAACCUCAAACCGACCAGCUGCGAUUGGUCAGUUUAAAAGAGGAUGUCCGCUGCCCGGCUCGUUUCACUUCCUGUGGCCUUGCCUCGUGCACGAACGUAUUUCUGUUUGUUGUUGCGUUCAUUUUGUCUGAAUGUGGUUUUCCCUGAACCAGUGAAACAGGAAGUUUAUCCCUGUUUGCUUUUUGUUUUUGAUUCAUCAACAAAACACACACGACUCCUGUUAAUCCUGUGGUGGCGUUACGUUUUGUCUCAAAUGUCACCAUCACCACCAGGUGCUUAAAUAAAAUGCUUUUCCACCAGUUCACACACAGGUUAAACACUUUCUAUCUGUCUGCAAAGUGUGGAGAAGCUUGAAAAACAAACAAGGUCCUGGAAAGUUUUGGAGAGUUAGAGGAGUUUGGUUUAAACUCACAAAGCCAAAACCCUUUCCCGUUGUUGCGAUAUUUAGAGUAACCUCCGACACAAAGCACACGUUCUGACCCGCAGCCAGUGUGACGUGAGCUGAAGCGCUGACAAACAAGCUGUAAGCAUUUAAAGGCGUCUCGGCCGGCAGGACGGAACUGAACUUCCUGACGGUGAUGAUAAUUGUUUUUCCAUCCAUAUAUUCAAGCUCACCAGCGUGUGUGUGUGUGUGUGUGUGUGUGUGUGUGUGUGUGUGUGUGUGUGUGUGUGUGUGUGUGUGUGUGUGUGUGUUAGACUGAACUGAACAGAAAGUGUUGGAUUGAUGAAAGAUUUCAUUUCAUCUGCUUUUCGAUUUAUUUCGCUGAACUAAAGCUGGCCGAAGACGUUUCAGAGGAGCUACGGUGGAUUUGAAUUUGUUCAGUUUAAUGUCACAAUUAAACUUUGUGCAAAUGUGAUUGGAAUUUAUUAUAAUUAGCCAAAUUGGACCAAAAAAAAAAAAUAGGAAACAAGAGUCCCAAAAUUUUGUGAUUUUUAUUUUUUUUUGUCAGACAGAAAUGUGGUACAGCGCUGUUUGAAAUAAUCCCAGGAUUUGGUGACGUCCUCCUAAAAUUAGUUGUAAUCUCAAAUUUUAUAGAAUCACAAAUUUUUUGAUAAUCCUAAAUUUUACUUGUAAUAAUCUUUUCAAAUUUCGUUAUUUGUUAUGAUCAAAGGUUUUUGUUAUUUAGUAGAAUCCCCAAUUAUUUUCAUAAUGCUGCAUUUUAUUUCUCAUAAUCCAAAAUUUUAUCAUUUAGUAAAAUCACCAAAUUAAAAGUUAAAAUCCUGAAUUUUAUUUGUCAUAAUACACUUUUUUUUGUGAUUUGGUAGAAUCUCAAAUCUAGUUUGUUGUAAUACCAAACUGUGUUAUUUGUUAUAAUUCCAAAAUCUCUUAUAAUCAAAAGGAUUAUAAAUCUUAAUUUUAAUUGUUAUAAUCCCAAAUUUUGGCAUAUGACAGAAUCCCAGAACUAUCUCGUUGUAUUUCCCUAAUUUGGUUGUCAUGCGACCAAAUGUCGCGGUGGUUUCGGUGCUCGGAAAACACCAGAUUUGGUAAAGCACUCCCCAGAAUGUACGUUUCUGUAGCUCCCUUUAUGUCCAAAUUUCCUCUUAACUCACAAACAAAAUCAGUAAAUGCAUAAAUUAUCUGUUUGUUUGUUUUUUAUAACACAGGAACCUUUAGAAAGGUCACAUUUUCAGCUCCUCUGGGGCCCCCGGAGGCUGAGGGGCCCGGCAACGUGAACAUGUUCUUGAAAUACUGAAUCUCAGAGACUUUUUUACAUUCUUACUUUGACCAAAUAUAAAGUGGCUGAACUGUGUAGCUGCAGCUCAGUUAGCUCCACCUUCCCUUCAGUGCCUUUAUUGUUGUUCAGGAAGAUGAAGAUUUUAUCUUUCAUGCGAGAACUCUGGUCCUGACUUUUGUUUUUAUUCUUUUCGUCCUGUCCUGUUGCCUUUUGCACUUUGUAGCUGCAUUAAUGUUUCCCUGCAGGGAGGAAAAAUGACUGUUUCCUGGUUGAUAAUUAAGUUUUGUUGAGUUCAAACCAGAUUUUAGUUUUUUCCCCACACUGCUGCUUCACUCAAACUAGCGACAUGUGAGUCACUGUAGUUGAAACGUUGAGUCAAAUUUAUGUUAAUGUUAAGUAAGUUUAAAAAAUGUUUGAUUUCAACCGUUGGUCACAUUUGCAUUCACUGAAUUUGCAUGAGAAAAAUGAGUCACUGAGUUUUGUCUGUUUGUCAGAAACCAAAUAAAUCCCUCUGUGAUUCA